AUGGUGAAAGGUGAGGGGCGGGGGCGAGGGGAGGGGGCGGGGGCGAGGGGAGGGGGCGGGGGCGAGGGGAGGGGGCGGGGGCGAGGGGAGGGGGCGGGGGCGAGGGGAGGGGGCGGGGGCGAAGGGGAGGGGGCGGGCGAAGGGGAGGGGGCGGGCGAAGGGGAGGGGGCGGGCGAAGGGGAGGGGGCGGGCGAAGGGGAGGGGGCGGGCGAAGGGGAGGGGGCGGGCGAAGGGGAGGGGGCGGGCGAAGGGGAGGGGGCGGGCGAAGGGGAGGGGGCGGGCGAAGGGGAAGGGGCGGGCGAAGGGGAGGGGGGCGGGCGAAGGGGAGGGGGCGGGCGAAGGGGAGGGGGCGGGCGAAGGGGAGGGGGCGGGCGAAGGGGAGGGGGCGGGCGAAGGGGAUUGCUGCAGCAGUUUCUGCUGCUGCUGCAGCUGCUGCUGCUGCUGCUGCUGCAGCUGCUGCUGCAGCAACCAUAA